UCCCCCAAUCCCUAUGUCACAACCAUCAAAGCAACCAACCUUUUAAUUACCCCUUUUUUCUCUUUGUUUCCUUUCUUCCUCUCUUCCUCACAACUCACUUCAACGAAUACUAUGGUGAUAGCACCAUUAACUGCAACUUCUCUUCUGCUGUUUGUUUUCAGUUUUUUCCUGCAAGGCACCUUUGGUGACUAUGGGGGAGGAUGGCAAGGUGGCCAUGCCACAUUCUAUGGUGGUGGUGAUGCAUCUGGCACAAUGGGAGGUGCUUGUGGAUAUGGUAACCUGUAUAGCCAAGGCUAUGGGACUAACACUGCAGCACUUAGCACUGCCUUGUUCAACAAUGGUUUGAGCUGCGGUUCUUGUUAUGAAAUGAGGUGUGACAAUGACCCCAAAUGGUGCCUGCCCGGGUCCAUUACCAUCACUGCAACCAACUUCUGUCCCCCUAACUUAGCAUUGUCCAACGACAAUGGUGGUUGGUGCAAUCCCCCUCUCCAGCAUUUCGAUUUGGCUGAGCCUGCUUUCUUGCAGAUUGCUCAAUACCGUGCUGGAAUCGUUCCCAUUUCAUUCAGAAGAGUACCCUGCAUGAAGAAAGGAGGAAUCAGGUUUACUAUCAAUGGUCACUCUUACUUCAACUUGGUCCUCAUCUCAAAUGUUGGUGGUGCUGGAGAUGUCCAUGCAGUCUCAAUCAAAGGCUCUAAAACAGGAUGGCAAUCAAUGUCCAGAAAUUGGGGCCAAAACUGGCAGAGCAACUCCUACCUCAACGGCCAAAGUUUGUCGUUCCAAGUCACCACAAGUGACGGCCGGACUGUGACAAGCUACAAUGUGGCUCCAGCAAACUGGCAGUUCGGACAAACAUUCGAAGGUGGUCAGUUCUAGAGUUUAAGGCAAAGGGUCCCUAACUGAAAGAUGUGUAUGUAAUAGCCAGUGUUUGAGACAGGGGAAGGUAUAAGAGGGAGACUUAGAGUAGGAGAGGCCCAGUCCCAUUGUGGCUGUAUAUAGCUGAGGUGGUUUAUUGGCACCCGCUAGGCCUUAUAUAAUAUAGUUUUUAGUAAGCAGAGAUGGAUGGAUGUUCCAUCGCUUUGGGUUUUGUUUUAACAUAGCCAUGAAUGAAUGUCAAUCGAAUUAAAUAUUCCUUCA